GUCAGUUGUGAGGACUCGGAGUGGGAUCAUGUCUGCUGUCCUGCUGCUGUGGGUGUGUUGGUCUUUCAGCCUGACUGGGGGUCAGACCGGGGGUCAGACCGGGGGUCAGACCGGGGGCCGGACCACCAUGCCUGUCCUGUGGGACUCGGUGGAGCAGGGUCCGGUCAGUCUGAACGAGAUGUUCCAGGAGGUGGAGGAGCUGAUGGAGGACACUCAGCAGCUGCUGGACGAGGCUGUGGACCAGAUCAACUCCGAGAGCAGAACCUCCAUCCUGCCGCAGAACCGGACCAGCAGAGAGGGACACGGUCCAGACUCACCUGAGCAGGACUGCUUGGUGGACGAGGACUGUGGCAGCCUGAAGUACUGCCUGUAUGAACUGGACAGCUCCCAGUGUCUCCCCUGUGUCCCAGCAGACAUGCCGUGCACAACGGACCAGGAGUGCUGCAGAGACCAGCUGUGUGUGUGGGGACAGUGCACGGAGGACAGUGUCCCUGGAAGCGAGGGGACCAUCUGCCAGGGACAGAGAGACUGCCGGCCGGACCUGUGCUGCGCCUUCCAGAGAGAGUUCCUGUUCCCGGUGUGCAACCCCAGACCUGGGACGGGGGACCCGUGUCUGAACCGUCCCCACCUGCUGCUGGACCUGCUGGCCUGGGACCAGGAUGGGCCCCGGGGACACUGCCCCUGUGCUGAGGACCUGCAGUGCCAGAGCCACAGCCGAGGAUCUGUGUGUGGACCGAAGGACCGGAGCAACUGAUCCAGAACAGGAGAACCACAACUGAAGUUCUGAUUGAUCCAGUGUCGGCUCUGCUGAACAGAAAUAAAUCAAUCAGUGGAAAAACCGGC